CUUUAUUCCAUUCUCUUACAUUACCUAGAUCAUUCUAACAUGAAAUCCAUUUCACCUCAAGAAAUAGCCUCUCACAAUACCAAAGAUGAUCUAUGGGUAGUCAUUCAUGGUAAAGUGUAUGAUUUGACAGAAUUUUUACCUAAUCAUCCUGGUGGACAAAAGAUUAUAUUGAAGUAUGCUGGUCAAGAUGCUACUGAUGCCUUUGAACCUAUUCAUCCUCCAGAUAUUAUUACUCGUUAUCUUAGUCCUGAAGUCUGUAUGGGAAAAUUGGAUAUUACUGAUUCUGCUGGUGUCAUGGUGAAGAAAGAAUCCGAAGCUGAUAAACAAGUUCGAUUGGCUAGAGAAAAUAUGCCUAGUUUGGAUGAAAUGUACAACGCCUUUGACUUUGAAUCUGUUGCCAAAACGGUAUUGAAACCUGAAGCAUGGGCUUAUUACUCUAGUGGAUCUGAUGACGAAAUUUCCAUGAGAGAAAAUCACAAUGCAUUCCAUCGUAUAUGGUUACGACCUAGGGUGAUGAUCAAUGUUAAACAACUGGAUUUAUCUACUGAUAUGUUAGGAACAAAAGUCUCUAUGCCUCUUUAUAUUACUGGUACUGCUCUUGGAAAAUUAGGUCAUAAAGAAGGUGAAUUGGUCUUGACGCGUGCUGCUGGGCAGAAAAAUAUCAUUCAAAUGAUUCCUACUUUAGCAAGUUGCUCCUUUGAUGAAAUUGUAGAUAUGGCUCAACCUUCACAAACUCAAUGGCUCCAACUCUAUGUCAAUUCUGAUCGUUCUAUUACUCAAAAGUUUGUUCAACAUGCUGAAAAACGUGGUAUCAAGGGUUUAUUUAUCACUGUGGAUGCUCCUCAACUUGGCCGACGGGAAAAGGAUAUGCGUGUCAAAUAUUCUGACAAAGCCCCCGAAGAAAUGAACGAGGAUGCGAAUCGUAAUGAAGGUGCAGCAAGAUAUAUUAGUACUUUUAUUGAUCCAUCUUUGAACUGGGAUGAUCUUGAUUGGUUGAAAGGAAUCACCAAGAUGCCAAUCAUGUUGAAAGGAAUCCAAACUCCUGAAGAUGCUGUCUUGGCUGCUAAACAUGGUUGCUCUGGUAUUGUGAUUUCCAAUCAUGGUGGUCGUCAAUUGGAUUUUGCUCCUUCUGCUAUUGAACUAUUACCUGAAAUCAUGGAUGCUUUACGUGCGGAAGGUUUGGACAAGCAAUUUGAAGUAUAUAUUGAUGGUGGUAUACGUCGUGGUUCUGAUAUUUUUAAGGCUAUUGCUCUUGGUGCCAAAGGUGUUGGUAUUGGACGACCUGCUCUGUUUGCGAUGUCUACCUAUGGUGACGAAGGUGUGAAGAAAUUGAUACAAUUGUUUUAUGACGAAUUGGUCAUGUGUAUGCGUCUAAUGGGUGCUCCUACUAUUAAACAUAUUACAAGGGAUAUGGUGGAUAUUCGAAACUUGAAAGAUCACUUUGUACAAAGUCCAUUGGAUUAUCUUGGUCAUCAUGCUUAUGAACAAAUGUUACCCAGAGGUCGUAUCAACAAGCUUUAGAUGGAUAUCAAGUUUGGUUUAGUUGAUAAUAGUUUACGCUUAUUAUAUAAAAAUAAACAUCUGCAUUAUUUGUUUAUAUUAUUUUUUUUAAAAAAAA